AUGACAAAUACCCCAAUUAAUCCUCUUCACCAAAGUGAUAAACCAAAAAUUCUCUUGAUAGGUUUGGGCGGAGUUGGAAUCAUUGUAGCCCUAGCUUUGGAAACUGCUUCAAAGUCAAAUGUAACCUGUCUAGUUCGUUCAAACUACCACCAAAUAACUCAACAUGGAUACCAAAUUAACUCGAUCAACAGGGGCAUUCUUCACAACUGGAAGCCCUCAAAUAUAAUCAAUAACAUCAACUCGGCUAAAGACUUUGGGCCCUUUGACUAUAUCAUCAUAUCAACCAAAAACAUCCCAGACUCAAAUUCAAAAUCUCACGACCUAUUACCUUUCAUCGACACAAACUCUUCUCAAAACAACUCAAUAAUCAACCAAAACACAACAAUCAUUUUAAUGCAAAAUGGCAUCGACAUUGAAAAACCCUUUUUCAAAAAAUUCCCCAACAACACCAUUCUCAGUGUUGCUGCACUCAUCGGUUCAGUCAAUAACAACUCAGUGGUCAACCACAAUGGUGCUGACAGAUUGAUUAUAGGCUACUUCAAUAACCCAAAUCUUUCUUCUGAUCUCCAGUUCCAAUCGGCUCAAAGGUUCAUCAAUACAUACAACUGCGAACAGUUCCCAGAUAACGCUGUUUACGAUCCAGAUACGAGGAAAACAAGAUGGGAAAAGUUGCUUUACAACGCCACCUUCAAUGUCAUUUGCUCAAUCUUGAAUUUGGACACAACAAGAUGUCUAAUAUCUCCAAGCAACACAAAACUAUUCGAAGACGGCAUGAACGAAAUAUGCAAGAUAGCCAAAGCUGAAAACAUCGACCUCAAUCCUCGUUUCAAAUACCAAAUGAUCUACAACAGAUUGAACUACAACUACUACACCCCUUCCAUGCUAGUCGACAGCAGAAACAACAAUCUCAUCGAAAUCGAGGUGAUCUUGGGCAACGCAAUCAAAAUCGCAAACUCCUUGAAUGUGAACGUCCCUACUCUCUCUGUAUUGUACGAGUUGGGCAAGAUGAAACAAUUCAGACUCAAAGAACUAAAUGGUCUCGUCCAAAUCGACGACUCAAAGCCCCAAGAGUCGCCUCUACCUCCAGACUUUUAA